GAUUUAAUGUAUUUAGAUAUUAUACACACUUUGAUACAUUUUCAGUGUUGUUCCAUUAACUUUGGCAGGAGUGCCAGGAGUAAACAUGGCCGCCGUGUAUUAGAAGCCGCGCUAUGAUAUCUGUAACUAGAGGGACUACAAUUCCCAGAAAUCCCUACCAGCCGGGUUUAUGUAACAUUUCGAGCCUGUCCUACUUUCAGUAUCCUCCCUGUGUCGGGUGAGAAAUUACCUGCCGCCAGGAAUACCGGGUUCUCACCCCACACAGCGGCCCGUACGUGACGUCACGCCCAAAAUCCCGCCCCACUCCGCUUCCUCCGCCGCGGACGCGUCUUCUUCCUUCUCCUCCCUUCUGUGUAUACUGCUGCUUCCGCCGCCGUUGUGAAAAAAGAGGAAGAAGCGACAUUAACCUGAAAGGAAAAAUAAUCCGAGACAAAUGCCGCGGGGCCGACCCCCAAAAUCACGGGCCGGGGAUGGAUCAGGCUCAGGUAAAAAAAUACUUUGUGCAGGAACAUGGAGAACGGCGGCAGCUGGGAGGAGGAGAGGUUGGCCGUAGCGCUUGUUACUUGUGUGUAUAGGAGCGGAUAUAGUCCCCGGAUAUGGAGGAGAGGCCGCCCUACGGCGUCUUGCCAGCAAAUGCAGAGAAUACCAACUACCCUUACCAUGGGCAAUCCCAUAAGUGUGGCAUCUGUAUGCUGACUUUCAAUAAGGAAACACAAUAUCAGAAACACAUGCGAGAUCAUGAGCGGAAUGAUAAGCCUCAUCGAUGUGAUCAGUGCCCUUUAUCCUUUAAUAUUGAGUUUAAUCUUACACUUCAUAAGUCCACACAUAAUGGGGAUGAUCCCAUGUGUCCAGCAUGCAACAAGAAGUUCUCCCGUGUGGCCAGUCUCAAAGCCCACAUCAUGCUCCAUGAGAAAGAAGAGAUCCUCAUCUGUUCUGAAUGUGGUGAUGAGUUUACACUUCAAAGCCAUCUGUCACUGCACAUGGAGGAACACCGUCAAGAGCUGGCUGGCAACAAGACCUACAGCUGCAAGUCAUGCAAGAAGACCUUUGAGUCUGCUCCACAGCUUAAAGAUCACAUGAAAACACAUUUUAAAAUAAGGGUCGCAAGUUCUAGAUCUUAUAAUAGAAACAUAGAUAGAAGUGGAUUCUCGUACUCCUGUCCACACUGCGGUAAAACAUUUCAGAAGCCAAGUCAGUUAACUCGCCAUAUUAGAAUACACACAGGUGAAAGACCCUUCAAAUGUAACCUGUGUGGAAAAGCUUUCAACCAAAAGGGGGCGCUGGCUACACACAUGGUCAAACACACGGGGGAGAAGCCUCAUGCCUGUGCUUUUUGUCCUGCUGCUUUUUCUCAGAAAGGCAAUCUCCAGUCUCACAUCCAGCGAGUUCAUUCAGAGGUGAAAAAUGGAGUUACUUAUCACUGCACAGACUGUAGCUGUGUAUUCAAGAGCCUGGGUAGUCUCAAUACUCAUAUUAGUAAAAUGCAUGUGUUGGGAUCCCAGGCUGCACCUUCUACCACUGGAGCAACUUCACAUGUGACUAUGGAUACAUCACAGCCACCUGCAAUAUCUGACACAAAUCUUAUGCAGCCGUCUUCUGAUGAAAAAUGGAAAAAUCAGGCAGUAGUUUUUCGCCCUGUGCCAGCACAGAAUGACACAGAAAACAUGUCAGCUACUGGGCAACAAGGACAGCAGCCGGUUGUGACAGAUGUUAUUGAGCAGAUUUUAGAGCUGGCGGAGCCUGUGUCUAUAGAAAAUCAUCAGAAUCAACAAUUGGGACAACCAUUGAACAUUUCAGUUGGGAUUAAUCGAGACAUUUUACAGCAAGCUUUAGAAAACAGCGGACUCUCAUCAAUUCCAGUUGCUCCACUUCCUAGUGAUCCAAGUCAAGGCAAGACAACCAUUCAGGAAAUUGAAUGUAUAUCCAGUCAGCAGAUGGACUGCAAUGACCAAGAAUCUGCAAUAGAGUCAGAAGAUCCAGAUAAAAUUGAGAAGCCUGAAAAAAGGAUCUUUAAGAAGAAAUCUGCUUUUUCACAAGUUUCAGGUUCAGUUCGAGAGGAGAGCGGAGUUCGAUGGCAUGUUUGUACAUACUGUGAAAAAGAGUUUAAGAAGCCCAGUGACUUGGUACGACACAUACGAAUACACACGCAUGAGAAGCCAUUUAAGUGUGUGCAGUGCUUUAGGGCAUUUGCUGUGAAGAGCACCCUCACUGCUCAUGUAAAGACGCACACGGGCAUUAAGGCAUUUAAGUGUGAAUUCUGCAUGAAGUGCUUUUCUACCUCUGGAAGUUUGAAGGUUCACAUCCGCCUGCACACAGGUGUCCGACCUUUUGCCUGUCCUCAUUGUGAUAAGAAGUUUCGCACGUCAGGCCACAGGAAAACACAUAUUGCUUCGCAUUUUAAACAAUGCGAGUUAAGGAAAUUACGGCAACAGCGCAAGCCUGGCAAAACACGUGCUGGGAAGGCCAACAUCCCUGUGACAGAAAUCCCAUUGCAGGAACCAAUUCUCAUCACCGAUCUUGGCCUCAUCCAGCCCAUUCCACGGAACAGUCAGUUUUUCCAGAGUUACUUUAUUAAUAGCUAUACACAUGAAGCUGAUCGACCCUACAAGUGUUACUACUGCCAUCGAGCUUAUAAGAAGUCCUGUCACCUCAAACAGCAUAUCAGAUCUCAUACCGGUGAAAAGCCCUUUAAGUGUUCUCAGUGUGGAAGAGGCUUUGCAUCAUCUGGAGUUUUAAAAGCUCAUAUUAGGACUCACACAGGAUUACGAUCCCACAAGUGUCCUAUAUGCAAUGGAGCUUUUACUACUGGGGGCAGCCUCCGACGUCAUAUGGGUAUUCAUAAUGACUUACGACCAUAUAUGUGCCCUUAUUGUCAGAAAACCUUUAAAACCUCUUUAAACUGUAAAAAGCACAUGAAAACUCACAGGUAUGAAGUUGCACAUCAGCUCCAGCAACAUCAACCAGCACCUCCAGAGGAAACUCCGGUAGACCAAAUCCAUGUAUCUAAUCAAAUCCAAGUAGAAAUAGAAGGGGCUGGUCUUCACCAGCCAAACAGUGUUGCCGCUCAACAGGAAACCAUUCUACAGCUAAGCCCACAGCCAGAUAUGGGCACAGUUUCCCCUGCAUUGGAGCAGACACUUGCUGAUCAGCCCUUAGAAACUGAUGAAGAUAGAUUUGUUACUUCUCAGCAUGCUCUGCAAGAGAACAUUGGCCAGUAUGAUCCCCCUGUUUUGCAACCACAGCCUUUUGACCAGCAAGGACUUUCUCAAGGUUAUACUGUGACUGAUGGAUUUAGUCAGCCAACAGCAUUCUCAACUGUCCAACAGCUGCAAGAUUCUAGUACCCUUGAGUCUCAGGCUCUCUCAACAAGUUACCAACAGCCAACACUUAUGGAGGUGCCUACUACAGAUGCUAUUAACAUGGCUGCCCGCUUAAUUCAGGAGGAUACACAGGAAGAAAUAGAACUUCAAACUCAACAAACUCAGUUUCUUGAAUCUACAGAAGAUCAGAGCAGGCGUGCCUACAGAUGUGAGUACUGCAAUAAAGGAUUCAAGAAGUCCAGUCACUUGAAGCAACAUGUUCGCUCACAUACUGGAGAAAGACCAUAUAAGUGCUCUAUAUGCGGCCGUAGUUUUGUUUCGUCUGGAGUACUUAAAUCACAUGAAAAGACUCAUACAGGGGUUAAAGCGUACAGCUGUACCAUCUGUAAUGCUGCCUUUACCACAAAUGGUAGUCUGACCAGGCACAUGUCCACACACAUAAGCAUGAAGCCUUACAAGUGCCCUUUCUGUGAUGAGAUGUUCAGAACAACAGUGCACUGUAAAAAGCACAUGAAAAAACAUCAGAAUAUUCCCCCAGACCUUGUGCCAGAGAAUGAUGGGACCACAAGAGAGGAAGGAGAUGAAUGUCUGGAAGAAGAUGAUGAAAAUGGUGAAAGAACUUCAUCACGGAAGUCUCGCCACGGAGUCAUUACUUUCACUGAAGAGGAAACUGCUGAGCUUGCAAAGAUUCGGCCAAGAGAAGGAGCCACGAUCUCAGAGAAGGUGCUGGUCCAGUCAGCAGCAGAGAAAGAUCGUAUAAGUGAGAUUAAAGAUAAACAGGCCGAAAUGGAAACCGAGCCCAAGUUUGCCAACUGCUGCACAUAUUGUCCCAAAAGCUUUAAAAAGCCCAGCGACUUAAUCAGGCACAUACGUAUUCAUACUGGAGAAAAACCUUUUAAAUGUAAUGAAUGCGGAAAGAGUUUUACAGUAAAAUCCACACUGGAUUCCCAUGUGAAAACCCAUGCAGGCCAGAAGCUGUUUAGCUGUCACGUCUGCACAAAUUCAUUUUCUACCAAAGGUAGCCUUAAAGUGCACAUGAGACUGCACACUGGAGCAAAGCCAUUUAAGUGCCCUCACUGUGAUAUGCGUUUCCGUACAUCCGGGCGUAGAAAGACGCACAUACAAUGUCAUUAUAAAUCUGAUUCUAAAAAGAUCAGAAAGCCUGUUGUGCGGAGGCAUCUCACCCAAAAUGCAGUUCCAGCACCUAGUACAACUUCCAGCACGGUGGAUUCACUCCAACCAAUAAACCUUCUUAACUCAUCAACAACAGAUCCAAGUGUCUUCAUUACUAAUAGUUCUGUGCUUUCUGGUCAGUUUGACCAAAGUUUGCUCCAACAAGGUCUUGUCGGACAGGCAAUCCUUCCUGCUUCAGUAUCAGCCGGUGGGGAUUUAACCGUAUCGCUGUCAGACUGUAGCUUGGCCACUCUGGAGGGAAUCCAGUUACAGCUCGCUGCCAACUUGGUUGGACAAAAUGUGCAGAUUUCUGGAUUAGAUGCCUCAGGAAUUAACAACAUAACACUACAGAUUGACCCCAGUAUUUUACAACAAACACUCCAACAUAGCAGCAUUAUACCUCAACCACUUACCGGGGACCCCAAUGCAGUGCAAGCCAGCAAUAGUUUACAGACCAGUGAGAAUGCAGUACCUGCCAAUGUUGUCCUUCAGCCUAUAGCAAGCUUGUCUCUUCAACCAACUGCAACGUCAUCGUCCAACCUGACUAUUGCCCCCAUCACUGAGCAAGAGUCCGUGCUGUCUUCAAGCUCUGCAACUGGACAAGACCUUUCCCAGGUCAUGACGUCUCAAGGCCUGGUGUCUUCUUCCAAUGGACAACAUGAAAUAACGCUAACCAUUAAUAAUUCCAGUUUAAGUCAGGUCUUGGCGCACGCAACCGGCACCACUCCUACUACAUCCACGGUUUCACCGCAGGAGAUCACGCUCACUAUAUCUGGACAAGAAAUCAUGCAGCUGGGAUCUUCAGGAUGCAAUGAACUGAAUGGAAACAUGAGACUAAAUACACCUGUGAUUACCAGCCAAGCUCCAGAAACUUCACUAUCAUUAAGCAAUGAUCACAUUUUAUCACAGGCCACUACACUAACUACCACGUCAGAAUUGACAACAUCAACUGGUAGUCUACCCUGCACGACAUCAAUCACUCAAACCCCUGUAUCCACGCAAAAUCUAGUGAUGUCAUCUGGAGUGGCAGGAGAUGGGAGCGUUACCCUGACAUUGACCGAUACAGAGAGCAUGCUGACUGGCGGACUUGAUGCUGUGACGCUAAACAUCACUUCUCAGAGUCAGCAGUUCCCCGGUAUUUUGUCUGAUAAUAGCUUAUCUGGACAAAGUGGAAGUAAUGCUCAGCAGGUGAUACUGGUCAGCCAUGCAGCCCAGCCCUCCAACAAUAACAAUGACCUAAAUUACCAGGUUACAGAUGACACUGAUAUAGAAAAGAAUAAUGAUUCAGAAAAGCAGGAAAGAAUACAUCAAUGUUUUGAAUGCAACCAUUACUUUCCAUCGGCUGUCAUGCUGGCAGAACACAACAAAGACGUACAUGGGAAAGAACGGAUUCAUGUGUGCCACCUAUGCAAUAAAGCCUUCAAGAGGGCAUCCCAUUUAAAAGAGCACAUGCAGACCCAUCAACCUGGACCCUCACGAAGUUCACAGAUGCCAAAAUUAUUUAAGUGUGAUACUUGUGAUAAGGCAUUUGCUAAACCAAGUCAGCUUGAAAGACACAGCCGCAUUCAUACAGGAGAGCGUCCUUUUCAGUGCACGUUAUGUGAGAAAGCUUUCAACCAGAAGAGUGCACUGCAGGUGCACAUGAAGAAGCACACUGGAGAAAAACCUUACAAAUGUGAUUACUGCUCGAUGACAUUCUCCCAGAAAUGCAAUAUGAAACUUCAUAUGAAACGGACCCAUGCCUAUCCAGAUCUGAUAGAGGAUGUGUCUAUGCAUCAAGAAGAAGAUGAAGGUGGGGAAGACAUAACUCAAACACUUGACUUGGAAGAAGUUGUCCAGGAAUCCUCAGGAGACUGGCAGUGCGGCAUAACCAAUGUUUUCUAAUCUGCCACUGAAUAGUGGCAUCUGGACUAUUAUAUAGUAAAUAUGACAUUCCACUACUAUAAUUUUAAUUUAUUUUUGGCAUUCCGGUGCUAUAUAGUUGAGUUGUGACCAGAGCUUCCAUUGUAUGUGCUGAACUCUCUACACUUCUCAGGUACGCAUACAGUGUGUGAGAUUAGUACAAUGGACACAUGGUGGCUUUGAUCUGCCCAUAGGAAUUAAGCAGACUUGAGUCUUUAGUUUUAAGGCCAUUGGAAAAUAAAAUCUGCACCUUCUUUAUGGUUUAUUAGUUGGAUAAAGCUUUCCCUUUUGUUGCUGUUUAUAGUUUGUUUAUAGAUUUCAAUCACUCUCAAAACCCAAGUAUCAGUCAGUGCAUACUAUACAGGGGUGUUAUUUUAUGUUGUGUAGUACAGAUUAUUGCACUUAAGUUACCCACUAAAUAUAUGUAUGUAUUUGAGUUAUUGUACAUACCUGUAUGUAUAUGUGUGUAAAUAUGCCAGUCUUUGUAUAUAUGUAUAUAAUUGUGUGUGUGUGUAAUAUAAAUGUAUACAUACACAGACACAAUUUCUUUAGAUACAGUACAACUCUUCCGCCUAAUGGUAGAAAGCACUGUAGCCUUUUCUUUUGUAUUAAAUGGUAAACUUGAGUUACCUACCUUUUUGGAAAGUGGCUGGUCCAUUUCCUUCUUAGUUAGAAAACUGGUACUUGAUAGAAACUAUUUUAAAUGUCUGUGACAUCUCCUACUUCUAUUAUAUUAAUAAAAUGUGUUC